UCCGGUGUCAUGUCAGCUUUCUGCUGAAACCUCAUGGCUAGCGACUGCUGCCGCGUUUCAAUGAAUGUGUUUUUCCUGUUUCAGUUGUAGUGAUGCAGUGUUACUGAAUCAAGACGUUCAGAGAUGGCAGAGGUUGUACCAGAGAAAAGUCGCGCCUUGAAGUUUGCAGAGCAGCAACUCCUGCGUCACGGCUGGGAACAUGGUAAAGGCUUGGGGCGACGGGAGAACGGCAUAGCAGAGGCUAUCCAGGUCAAAGUGAAAUGUGACAAAGGAGGGGUCGGUCAUAAGGAAGGGGAGCAGUUCACCUUCCACUGGUGGGAUCAUGUCUUCAAUAAGGCCUCUGCCAGUCUGCAGGUGGAGUCUGAUCAGAACGGUAUUCAGUUGAAGAAGACGGUGGAGGAAGAGGAUGGAAUGAUCUCCAAUAAAAAGCCACGGAAAGCCGCUCUGGCUAAAGCCAAACUUUAUGGAUGCUUUGUCAAGUCAGCCACACUGCUGUCUGGUCAGGAGCAGCCAGAUCCAAAGCCUUCCGGCUCAGACGACGGCAGUAGCUCGGACGAGGAGGACGACCAGAAGCUGGAUCUCUCCAGCACCACAAAGCUCUCGGAUGCUGAUCUGAUGAAGGCUUGUGGAGGACGCACGGCUCACAAAGGAGCCAGGCAUGGCUUGACCAUGAGUGCCAAGUUAGCCAGGCUAGAGAAGCAGGAGGCUGAGUUCAUGGCUAAGUACAGCAAGAAGAGCCAACCGGCAAGUGCUCCACCGGUUUGUGUUGCACCGACUCCUCCGACCUCGCAGUCAGCUGACCAGAGAGCUGAGAGGCAGGAAGAGACGGUGAAGGACUCUCGGAGGAAAAAGGUGAAAAAGAUUCGAUCCAAUGGGAGCGUUAUUGAGCUAGAUGAUGAUGAAGUGUCUGUAAGUCCUGAAACGGAUGUUGAACCCAGAAAGAAGAAGAAAAAGAAAGCCAGCAAGGUCAUGGAGGUAAUAACUGAUGGAGAUUCCACUGACGAUGAUGUAAUCUGUGUAGGAAACAGUGAAACAGACCAUACUCAUAAAACAAAGAGGAAACAUAAAAAGAAAAAUAAUAAUGCCGAGCAGAACGAAGAAGAAAGAACGCCUUCACCUGCAGCAGAGAGCAGGAGCCAGGAGGAGACUGUUGAGCUGCACACAGAGGUGGAGAAGAAGAAGAAGAAGAAAUCCUCCAAAACCCACAGUGAACCUGCUGAGGAAGAGGAGGGUAACAACACAGAAGCCAGCCAGUCAGAGCCAGUCCAGGACUGCGCACCAAAACCCCAAAAGAAAAGAGCUGCAGUUCUGUUGGAGGAAGCAGAAGUAAAGCAGAAAAGGAAAAAGUGUAAAAGGGACAAAUCAUAUGUAGAUAACGAUUCAAACGAGGAAACACUUCCUCCAAAGAAGAAGUCCAAGGAGUAAUAUUUGUUUAAUAAACAGAUUGGUCUCGGCUGGUUGGACAGUUGGCAUUCUCUUGAAUCACUCUGAGUUAUGUGCCAAACAGACUUUAUGGAAGCUGUGGUCUUUUGAUUGGACAGUUCUGUAAAUGAAUUGUUAGAAUAUCUUUAAUUAGUAAUUCAGACCAGUAACACGGUUAUGGCCUCCAGAAAGGGCCUGUUAACCAACCUCACUUGUAUGCUAGUCAAUACAUUUCUUAAUCAAUUAUAUCUCAGCUGUUAAAUUGACUCUAACCUGCUGCUGAAUUGACUGAAGAAAUGAGGUCAGUUUAGUUACUUUUUGCAGUUUAGCUGGUGAGGCAGACUUUUUAAGAUCAUUGAUCAAAUACAACAUGAAAUGUGUUCAUCUGAAUCAAUCAGAUUCUUUUUAGAUUUAAGCGACAAGUCAUUGACUUCAUGAGUCAGUGCAGUGUUGAUGUUUUUAAGUAAUGACACGUCAAAUAAUUCUAGCACGAGCCAAUAGAUAGCAAGUCGCCUGUGCUGACCACUAAAUGUCAAAUAUGCAUUUUAGUAGAAAAAUAAUAUGAAAUGUAAGGAAUUGAGUAGUUUUCUGCAUCUUGUUUAACUGUGACGACACCAAUGAAACUACUGGUUUUGCAUCUGAACUUUAUAUGCUAAUUAAAUAUUGUGAUACAUCAAACUACAAUUAUGUGAUUUCUUUUUAAUUAUUUCUUUUUUAUAUUCUGAUACCCAGAAAAUGCCAGAUCACUGUGUUGUAGCUCCACAUUCAAUAUAUAAAUGAUUCCCUCCGAUCCUUUUCUGAGCUUUUUAUUUCUAAUUUUCCUUUUUUCACAGCUUUGACCUUUCUAACGUACACCGGAUUACAUAAGAUAUAGAAAUGGAGAAAUGAAGUUUGAGACGGGAAGGACAAAAUGUGCACCAACAGUUUGUCUCAAUAGCUUACAACAGUUUUGACUCGACUGACCUAUGAA